AUGGAGGGCGUUGCUGUGAGUGGAGCCACUAGCUCCAGCAAAUACGCGGCCAAGUUGGUGACUGGCUGUGGAGGUUCCCCGUCGAGCGAGGUGCGACGCAUGAUCAGCGAAGCAAAGCUGGACAACGAGACGCUUCUCACGGUCGUUAAGAAGCUGGAGGAGCAGGUGUCGCUCCUGCGUGUACAGCUUGAAACGGCGGCCGAGCAGGCUCGGCAGGACCUGCGUGAGGCGCGUCUCGAGGCGCGACAACGGGAGGAGCGGCUGAUCGCCGAUAACCUGCAGCUGCGGGAAGAGCUGCGAAAGGAGCGGGAGCUGCUCACGACGCUGGUGGCGCAGUCCAUCGGCCAUAACCAGCCUCUGCAGCAACAGCAAGGUGUGGCCAGUACGUCUGGUGCGCAACGUGGAGGUCAGGCGCAACAGCGUCAACGGAAAAUAAAGCUGGAUGCUAUCGAGGUUGCACCGGCGGAGGGCCAGAGCUGGGACGAGGUGUACCAGCUGGUACGAGCAGCUCCCGAGUUGCAGCGUUUCAACAGCCAGCUGGGGGUCGGACGUCGGACCAUGCGUUCGCGUCUGGUAAUGGACGUGGAGAAGGGAGCAGAUACGGCUGCGAUCCUGAAAUGCGUGCAGGAGGUGUGCGCUCGGGGAGACCAGCCAGCUGCCGCCAGACUGGUGACGCCAAUGGUGGAGGUCCGGGUCGACGCUAUUGACCCUUUAGCGAAGGAGCAGGACGUGGCGCUGGCUCUAGCCAGCCUUGCACAGUCGCCGGUGGAGGAGUCUGCCGUGCAGCUGCGAAAAGCCUGGAACGGAACGAAGGUGGCGUUCGUUCGCGUUCCGGAGAAGGCGGCGGAGCAGUUGAAGGACCGACAUGUACUGAUAAAAUUGGUGCGUACGAACGAGCAACUGGCCGAAGUACAACGGCAAAUUGGUGUCGGGAAGCGGACGCCAAAUGAUACGUUGAAGCUGCCGCUAAGCCGCGACGUGGACAGUGAAGAACUGUGCCAACGGAUUCGCGUGGCCAUUGGCGAAUUGGGAGAAGCAUCCGUCCGCACGGAAAUGUCACAAGUGUUGGUGACCAACAUAGACUGCUUGGCGGACGAGCAACAGCUGCGUCGGGCGAUGCUGACGGAGCUCGGCAAGGAGUUCAUGAUGGCAACUAUCGACAUGUGGGAGCGGCGUGACGGUACGAAGCGUGCGCGAGUACGUCUGCCUCGAAAGGAUGCGGAGCAUCUGGCCGGGAAGCGCUUACUUCUCGGGUACACCUCAUGCUCGGUGUGGGAGGUACCAAAAACGCCGCUGGCAAAGAAGCGGUGCUUCCGGUGUUUAGAGCGUGGCCACUUCGCAGAGAAGUGUUCGGGGGCGGACCGCAGCAAGGCAUGCAUCCGGUGUGGCGUGGAAGGCCACAAGGCAAUGAGCUGCACUGCUGAUGUUUGCUGUUUAAAAUGUGGCGGCCCGCACCAGAUAGGCUCUGCUUCGUGCAAUGCUGCAGCUGAACGUUCUUCGUAG